AUGGCCUCACAGGGAGACGCAGUCUGGACAGCGGAAGUAUCCGUAUGCUCGCUCCUUUAGAUUGUGAAAGUUUAUGUAGGAAGUGACUGGUACGAAACUUACUUACAGACUUUAUUGAAGUACCCAGAGCUGCUGUCAAAUCACAAGAAAGUCUGUUGGAUCAUGUAUGGUCAAAGUCUUAUCCAUGGAGACGGGCAAAUGUUUUGGCAUGUUCUCAACUUCCUAAGACUUGGGAAAUUGGUUUUGCCAGCUGAAUUUAAAGAAUGGCCUCUAUUUUGUCAAGAAGCAGAGGAGUACCGGAUCCCUUCUCUUUUAGAGGCACUUUAGCGCUCUGAUGCACACAGAUUAUGAAUCCAAAACACUGAAUUGCACAAUGAAGUUUAUUUUCCAUGUAGAAGAUUAGGUACUGUAUCGUGGAAUGAAGGGCACGAGUUCAGCAAAAACCCAGAAGAAGUGUACUCAUGUACAGCUGUGGAUUCCAGUAAACACUGUAUUAAUACAUGGAAUAAUAUAAAAGAUCUGAAGGGAAAGCAAGGUACCUGUGGGGAGAAGACAAAGUAUUCCAGAAUGGUUUCACAGGUGAGAGGGAGAAAGCAGAGGAAUAUACUUGGAGGGUAUGAUGCAUCCUUGGACAGCCUGGUAAACUCCAGCUAUUACAAGCAGUUGGUAAGCCCUCCAAGGAAGAGAGGAAUGAGAAGCAGUUUAGCAAAGAAAGUAGAAGGUAAAGCCUCAACAAGUCACAUCCAGAAAUUAAUUUCCCUCAUAAAGGAAUGGGAUGUGGUGAGCUCCAAGAGGUGUGAUUUUCAGCACGUGGGAACAUCUGAUGGUCGUAUCACACACAGCAUAUCUCAGUGCAGCGUUCCUGAAAAAGACAGGGGUGUCAAAGCUCCUAUUGCCUCUUCUCCUGGGAAAAUAAGCUUUAGAAUUCAAGGAAACAAUCAUGUUACCCAAAACGAAGUCAGGGCUGAAGCAAAGCAGCCAGUGCAAUAUGUGUCCACACUGAGUUUGCCGGUUACUCCAAGUGCUGGAACGUAUCAAUUCAGCACCAUAAAAACUACUCCUGCAGUAGGAAACAAUGCAGAGAAUAUAAACGGGGACCAGGCAGAAGAAACAAGGGCCAGCAAACAAACCGAGGUUGUUCUGGCAGACUGCAGAAAUGCAGGACUGAUCCUUAAAGUUGACCAUCCUCUGGUUUUAGGCAGUGAUGGCUUUUGCACAAGCAAUGAAGAGAGUGUUCUUUAUAGCGCGCUGCCAGGUGGCAGCCAGCUGGACGCUCCAAACACUCAAGCACUGUCCAAAAAUAUAGUUUUUGUUAGCUUUGCUCUCUCACUCGAGGAGCUAUUCUACGCCAGGAAGUGCCACUUUUUCCUGACCGAUGUCACCCUGGACUCAGCAAGGCAGGAUCCCAAAGAAAUCACAGCCAAAGUCGGGACCCUUGUGAACAGGCUUUGGACUCGGCCGAUCACACCCAGGGAGUUUGUUGCCGAUUUACUGAACACUAAGUAUCUCAAAGGCGACCGAAAAGUUCAUGAAGAGCUACUUCAGUGGGUGGCAUUUACCCUGCCCUUUGCGUGGAAGUACAGCCACUGCCUCGCCGUACUGAUCCAGAGGGGGUUUGCUAGAUCAGUCUCAUACUUUGCCUUAGAAAUAUAA